AUGUCCAGAGGAGGAGAAGGGGUCAAGGCAGGGGAGAGGGAGUGGAUCUGGGGUCAGGAGCGCUGGAGCUCAUCGGUCACCACCAGCAGCUCCCGUGUCCCCCGCAUGAACCCAGGCCCCGGACUGCUCAAGCUGGACCCAGGCCCCGGACUGUUCAGGCUGAACCCAGGCCCCGGACUGCUCAAGCUGGACCCAGGCCCCGGACUGUUCAAGCUGCUGAACCCAGGCCCCGGACUGUUCAAGCUGAACCCAGGCCCUGGACUGUUCAAGUUGAACCCAGGCCCCGGACUGUUCAAGCUGAACCCAGGCCCCGGGCUGUUCAAGCUGAACCCAGGCCCCGGACUGUUCAAGCUGAACCCAGGCCCCGGGCUGUUCAAGCUGAACCCAGGCCCCGGACUGUUCAAGCUGAACCCAGGCCCCGGGCUGUUCAAGCUGAACCCAGGCCCCGGGCUGUUCAAGCUGAACCCAGGCCCCGGACUGUUCAGGCUGAACCCAGGCCCCGGACUGUUCAGGCUGUAG